AUGGCGUCGCAGAUGGCGAAGAUUAGUUGUCGUUAUUCUAAAACAAAUCUUCCUUCGUUUGUAAGAAUAUUUGCAGCUAGUGUAUUCCCAGUGAGCAACAGCUACACGAACUCUAAUAAGAAUGAAAUAAGGCGAAGGUUUUCGGAUUCGCAGCUUGAUGUCGAUAAUGGAGAUUCUGGAACAGCACUUUCUAGGCCAACGAAAAGGAUUGAAGAUGUUACAAGAAUUAAGCCAAAGCAAUUUUCACUCUCGUUCGAAGAAUACAUGAAAUUAAAAUCGAGUGUGAGGACAAGGCAAAGAGUUUCAGGAAUACCAUUUGCAGUUGUUGGUUUGGGGACGUCUUCAGUUGUGUCAGCCUAUAUGUUCCCAGAAAUGUUUGAUGCAACGCCGGAGAAUGUCCAGUUGAUAAUGGGACUGGAUCCAUUGGUUUUCUGUGGAAUUUGUGGUGUUGUCAGUGCAGGUCUCGGAUAUGCAAUGGGAACUCAGCUUUUCAAGUCUUUUUGGAGAAUAAUGAAUAGAGAAAAGGCAUCAAUGCUACUUGAGAGAGAGAGAGAUUUCUUGGAGAGAAUUCAAAAGCACAGAUUUGCAUCAUUCAGCAAAUUUGAAGAUGAUUAUUAUGGUGAAAAUAUUAAAACUUUAAGUGAUUAUAGACAAUGGUGUCGUACUCAGCAGAAGAAGGCUGCUGCUGAUGAGAAGUUUGUUGCAGAGGAAAAAAGUAAAGGAAAAAAUGAAGACCAAGAAGCAAGAACUGCUUAG